CUUCGAUAUUCGCUGCUCUGUGUCUGAACGCUUUGGUAUUGCGUCACGUCUGGGGCGGCGACCACGUUUCCCUGGAGACAACUCUGGCCCAGCUUGCGCGGAGACUGCAUUUGGAUCAGUCUGUAGCGGAAAUCAUGGCCUGCCAGAGCGCAGAAAGCGUACAGCAAUACUGCCAGAGGUGUUGGGCUCAGGAACAGCAGUUAGAACAAGAGAUUAGGCAGCUGGAGGCACGGGCACAGCACUUACAACAGCAGCAGUUGUCGGAUCCACAAAACAUGCAGAUGUCAGGACAGAUAUCGACGGCCUUGGAACAGCUAAACAAAGAAUAUGAGGCGCGCCACCAGCAAUUGCAAGUGUUCCAAACAAGAGCAGUGCCAGUUCUGUCCCGCUUGCCCGUUCAGUCACGCGAAUUGGUAGACUACUUUUCCACUUCGAUGCAUGCACAUGUUGAUGGCUCUGCGCAACCCCAACACUUUGAACCUAGGACUUCUGCGUCGAUGGGCAGUGCGUCGCUCCACUGGGCUCUGCGUCUGUGUGUUGACACGAUUGUAAAUGUCUGUGGGAGCUCAGACCGCGCACGCCGCUUCAGUGCCGAAGUUCGACGUCUGGUGCUUGAUUUUCUGUGUGAGCAGCUUGCUCGGUCAGACGUCUGGAGCUUUUUCAAGACGUUAGACCUGCUCUCUCGCAUGUUCAGCAACCGAGAGCAUGGGAAUACCUGGCCUCGCAAGAAGGACGCUGAUUACCUCAAGCUCGUUUCUCGUACCGGCCGAGUUGCCGAUGCGCUCAACCCCGAUGGGCACGCACGCUUUCAGCACCUCUUCGAACAAAUCGUGCAAGAGUAUGACGCGGAUUCCGGGAACGCUUUCAUGACAGAGGAAUGGCUCUCGACCGAAUUCCAUGAAAGGGCGGCAAAUUGA